CCUCCCAUAGCCCAUAGCCCCGCCAUCGCUGUCGCCGACGCCGGCCGCCGCCCUCACGCUCAUCUCACGACGCCGAGACCGCCGCAGUUCCAUUCGUACCCCUCCGACAAGCCGUCUCCGCCGCCCGCCCCAUCCAGGAGCAGCCUGCCACCAGAACAUUCACCCCAACUGGACUUGGUUGCAAGUUCGUCCAUCCCCACAACUGAACUGACAGCCACCCAUGGCGCCGCACACGCUGCUCCGCGCCGCCGCAUCCGAGCUCCGCCGCCGGGGGCGCCGUGCCCCUCUCCCCCUACCGGCGCUGUCCUCGCUCCUCUCCUCGCCGUCUCCACAGAGCCCACCCUCCAGCCGCCCCGAUCCUAGCCCCCACGCCGACCGGCGCCACCUCAUCGCGCUCCGCCGGUGCCCGCCGCACCCGGCCCUCGCCCCCGAGCUGCUCCACGGCAGGGUUCUCCUCCCGAGCCACUUCUCGCACGCCUCGCCGCUCUCCACCUCCUCGUCCUCUUCCGAACCCGCGGGCAAGGCUUCGCCGGCGCCGCCGCUCACGUGGGUGGACAAGUGGGUACCUGAGGCGGCGCGGCCGUACGCCAUGCUCGCCCGCCUCGACAAGCCCAUCGGGACCUGGCUCCUCGCCUGGCCCUGCAUGUGGUCAAUCACAAUAGCAGCAACGCCAGGGGAGUUGCCAGACUUGAAAAUGCUGGCACUCUUUGGAUGUGGAGCUGUCCUCCUCAGGGGGGCUGGUUGCACAGUGAAUGAUCUUCUCGAUCGCGACAUUGAUAAUAAGGUUGAGCGCACCAAAACUAGGCCUUUUGCCUCAGGAGUGCUUACUCCUUUACAGGGAGUGGGCUUCCUUGGAAUUCAGCUCCUAUUGGGACUUGGCAUUCUUCUCCAAUUGAACAACUAUAGUCGUAUUCUGGGGGCGUCUUCACUUUUUCUGGUCUUCUCGUAUCCCCUGAUGAAGAGGUUCACAUUUUGGCCUCAGGCUUAUCUUGGCCUGACAUUCAACUGGGGAGCUUUAUUAGGAUGGGCUGCUAUUAAGGAAAGCUUAGACCCUGCAAUCAUCCUUCCAUUGUAUACAGCUGGUAUAUGUUGGACGCUGGUGUAUGAUACUAUAUAUGCGCAUCAGGUGUUUCACUAUUCCUGCUCUUCCAUACUCAUCCUUGAUGAAAAUGGCCAUUUCAUGUUGUCGGAAUGUCUUAUCCAUGUGUAUCUACAUGCAUCUCAGGACAAAGAAGAUGACCUCAAAGUAGGAGUUAAGUCCACAGCAUUAAGAUUUGGAGAUUUGACCAAAUACUGGAUUGGUGGCUUUGGUGCGGCAUGCAUUGGCAGCUUAGCACUCAGUGGUUACAAUGCUGACCUUGGAUGGCCCUACUAUCCAUUUCUAGUAGCUGCAGCUGCACAGUUAGGGUGGCAGGUUUCAACUGUGGAUCUGUCUAGCCGCUCAGAUUGCAACAUGAAGUUUGUGUCCAACAAGUGGUUUGGAGCUUUGGUAUUUAGUGGGAUUCUAUUUGGGCGUCUUGUAUCAUGAUGAUCAUUUGAGGAAGCAUGGUGUGUUUCUAUGAUGGGCCUAGUGGAACCUAAGCAAUUUUGUGAUGAGAUGUAAGAAGACUACCAAGCCCUUGACUCUGGGCUAGGCGGCUAGCUAAUGUGGCGUGGUGCAGAAGUGGACUUUGUAAGCUCCUUAACACAUAUCAUAGCAUAUGCUUUCAUCCUUGCUAAUUGGCAUUUUUUUUACAAUCAUCAAACCUUGGCUUGUGAAGCAGGCUGUUUUCCAAGCAUAUCAAUUAUGGUGGUGCUCUCCACCUCGUGUACGUAGUUAAUGGUAUAAGACAAGAUCACAAGAGACAUGAAAAAUACAUUGAUGUACAACAGUCACAUUCUUGUGUCAUUUAUAUAUGUUAUACGUAUGCCAAAA